CCCUCGUAGCACCCUCAUCUCCCCUCGCGUCGUUGGGACGAUGCCAGCUGAAAAGAGCGUGAGAGCUGCAUAAACGCCUUCUCGAAGUGCCUAGUUGGUCCCAAAGAGAGAGAAAAGAGCUACUGCAAUGGCUGCGCAUCUGCGUUGAGUCUAUUUUCGGGGCCCUCGCAGACCAGCAAAACACCCCAUCCUUCAAUCGCCAUGCGCAGUAAUCCGGGGAACAAACAAACCGACCGACCGCAUCAUCUGGCCAUCUGCAUUCCGCAGUUAGAAUAUGUAGAUAUACGUGUUUCGAAUGAGAACGCUGCGGCCGAGUUAACAGUCUCCACGGUACACAGCAGGAAGGGAAGAUAGAGAGAGAGAGAGAGAGUUGUCACAAAGGAGUGACAGUGCUGGGUCAAUCGUACUGUGCAAGCCAAAAAUGUGGGGUAAACGAAGCGAGGAAUUUAUUUGGUCUCCGAAUUUUUUAUCACGGCCAAGCUGGUGACCGAUAACGAGACCACCCCAAACUCCACACCCACAAUCACAACACACAGAAAAUCCCCUCUUUUUCCUCGAGCAACCAUGUUCGCGGUAAAAGGCUGGUCCGUUCCGGCGAGUGCGCUGAAAACACAGACUCUCAAACCAGCCAAGUCGGAACAAACCCCAGUGGCAGAUGGAGCUUCGAACGAGGCUGGCCCGGCGGGUGCAGCUGGACAGAAGAGGAAGCGUGCGAGUAAAGACCAGAAGCAGGCCAAUGUCAGCGAGGCCAAUGUAGCAGAUCUCUAUGCGUCGGUUAUCGAGAAGGAUCAGACGCCUAAGGGAGGAAAGGCAGCGAAGGCGAAGCCCAGCGAGAAGAGACAGAAGGUCACACAGGAGCCUGCGAAGGAGCUCCCCAGCACCGAUGCAAAGGCACCAGCAGCCACCGAGGUUGCAGAUGCGAAACCCGCCGCUGCCCCCGCCGUCGACUCAACAGGUGCCAUCACACUCUCCGAGAGAGGCCAGAAGAGAAAGACCAUGAAAGACAAGAAGCGCGAGAAGAAAGCCAAAGCCAACGCCGCGCCCUCGACCGACGAACCCACAGAAACACACACCAUCUCCGCCCCCGCCCCCGCCAAAAUCCAACCUAAACUCACCCCUCUCCAAGCAUCCAUGCGUCAAAAGCUCGUCUCAGCCCGCUUCCGCCACCUCAACCAAACCCUCUACACCACGCCCUCCGCACACUCCCUGUCGUUAUUCUCCGAGAACCCCGAGAUGUUCCACGAGUACCACGAGGGAUUCCGCCGCCAGGUCGAGGUGUGGCCCGAGAACCCUGUUGAUACGUAUAUCGCGCAGAUCCGUACACGGGGGAAGGUGGCGGCGAAUCCGCGGGGGAAGGGGGAACAUCCUGAUACGGGGAGAGAGAUUGAUAAGCUGCCGUUGCCGAGGACGGUGGGGACGUGCUAUAUUGCUGAUCUCGGGUGUGGAGAUGCGAAGUUGACGCAGGCGCUGGAGAAGGAGAAGAAGGCGCUUAAGGUGCAGGUUUUCAGUUAUGAUUUGCAGAACCCGAGUCCGUUUGUUACGAAGGCGGAUAUUUCGAAUUUGCCGUUGGAGGAUAAUAGUUGUGAUGUUGCGAUCUUCUGUCUAGCGCUCAUGGGAACCAAUUGGGUUGAUUUCAUCGAGGAGGCAUACAGGAUUCUGCAUUGGAAGGGGGAGUUGUGGAUUGCGGAGAUUAAGAGCCGGUUUGGCAGGGUGGGAGGCGCGCAUAAACGCGUCGAGCAUAGUGUGGGGAAUAGGAAGAAGCCUGCUGCGAAGGCGGCGAAGAAGAUGGAUGAGGAUGCCGAUAAUGCGGAUCUCCUCGUCGAGGUGGACGGGCACGAUGAUACCAAGGCCGAGACGGACGUGUCUGCUUUCGUGGAGGUGCUACGGAAGAGGGGGUUCGUGCUACAGGGCGAGAAGGCGGUGGAUCUGAGUAACAGGAUGUUCGUCAAGAUGACCUUCGUCAAGGCACUAGCGCCUAUGAAGGGGAAGUGCGUCCCGGUGCCUAAGGGGAUGGAGAAGAUGGGCCAGACGACGUGGAAGCCGAAGGCGAAGCCUAAGUUCCUGGAGGAGGAGGACGUGCCGGUCUCGAGCGAGGCGGGGGUGCUGAAACCGUGUGUUUACAAGCUAAGAUAGUUGGAAUUUGCCGGGAUGGCACUAUGAUAUGAUAUUUCUCCAGCAAAUGCAUACAAUGCAGCGCCCUUCACCCUGUGUCUGACUGCUACUGAACUCAUCCUCCGU